AUGGCCCGAGAGCUGAGCCAGGAGGCACUUCUGGACUUUCUGUGCCAGUCUGGGGGCCGAGUGACCAACGCCGCCUUGCUGAGCCACUUCAAGAGCUUUCUCCGAGACCCCGACGCGCCCCCCAACCAACAUCAGCAGCGCCGCGAACUCUUCAAGGGCUUCGUCAACUCGGUCGCCGCAGUGCGCCAGGACCCCGACGGCACCAAGUACGUGGUGCUCAAGAGGAGGUACAGGGACCUUCUGGGGGAGGACGGGCUGCAGCGACCCCGCGAGCCGCCCGUGCCCGCGGCUGCGGAGGCAGGUGCCCCGGCCGGAGCCAGGUGCGCAGCGAUGGAGACUCAAGGCCGCUGCUGCUGGGAAUGCCUCCAGAACAGCCUGGCGGGGCUCCCAGGAGAGCCGCUGCUUAGCGCGCUCCCGGACCCCGCCGUCGCGGCGGAGAAGCCCGCAAGGGCUCCGCUUGCUCAGGAUGACCGCGGGGUUCCUGGGCAGCGGCGGGACGGCGUGACCGCUGAGCCCACGCCCGUGCCUGCAACUCCCCGCUCGCCUCCCGCCACUGUCGGGGCUGCUGGGAGCCGGGCUUCCCCGCCUGCUUCCCUGCCCCGCUCCACUCCCCCCGGAGACCGGCUGGAGCUGUUGACCCCGGGCUCCCUGCACCUUGCGACCCUGAAGCAGCAGCAGCAGCGCACCCGGGAGUGGGUGGCCAGAUACCCGCAGAUGCCCGAGACCCGGGACCCGGGCCCCAUCCGGGCGUGGUCGGUGAUGCCAGACAACUUCCUCCAGCUAACCUCGGAACCAGGCUCAGCGCCGCCGCAAGACCCCCCUCUUUCCUUUCAUUCUCUCUUUCCUGCUCCGGAUGAGUCCUCAGAAUCCUGGCCCGGGAACCCUCCAUUGAAUGUUUUUCGUAGCAUUCGUUGUCAGCUGUCCCUCCAAGAUCUGGACGACUUUGUGGACCAGGAGAGCCAUGGCAGUGAGGAGAGCAGCAGUGGGCCCAAAGAAUCUCCUGUGGGUUCUGAAGAGGGGCUGCAGGUUGCCCUGGGCACCCCUGAUUGGGGAAAGCUCAGGAAUCCAGCUGGGAGCCAUUCUGUAUCUCCAAAGGAGGGCAGCCCCAGCCGGAGCCCUCAGGGCCUUGGGCACAGAGGGGAUGGUCACACCUCUCAGAAGGUCCCAAUAGUGGCUAAUGGGCUUGCAGGCCACCUCCAGGAGACUUUACCCUGGCCGGCUCCCAAGUUGAGGAGAUCCCUUAGAAGAAGCUCUUGGACAGGGAGAGCCAAAUUGUCUUCCUCUGAUGAGGAGUGCCUUGAUGAGGACUUGCAGAAAAGGAGUCGGUGCCCACCUCGAUCCAGGAAACCCUCCAAGGCAGGAACAGUGCCCAGCCCAAGGGUGCAUGCAGCUUUGACACCAAAACUUGCAGAUGUUAAGGCUGUUGUGGCUGAGCGGGGUCGGCCACACAGCUCGGGGGUCGCCAGUGGGGAAGGGCCUGCAUCUUUGGUCCCCCACAGACUUCCUGAGCACAGGUCAUCCCUAGUCCCCCUAGACACAAGGGAGCAUGAAUGGAUUGUGAAGCUUGCCAGUGGCUCCUGGAUUCAAGUGUUGACUUUGUUCUGGGAGGACCCCCAGCUGGCUUUGCACAAAGACUUCUUGACUGGGUACACUGCCUUGCACUGGAUAGCCAAACAUGGUGACCUCAGGGCCCUUCAGGACUUGGUCUCUGGGGCACAAAAGGCAGGGAUUGCUCUUGAUGUAAAUGUGAGGUCCAGUUGUGGGUAUACCCCGCUGCACCUUGCAGCCAUUCACGGCCACCAGGGGGUCAUCAAAUUGCUAGUGCAGAGGUUGGCAUCUCGGGUGAAUAUCCGGGAUAGCAGUGGGAAGAAGCCAUGGCAGUAUCUGACCAGUAAUACCUCUGGGGAAAUAUGGCAGCUACUGGGAGCCCCUCAAGGCAAGCCCAUUUUCCCCGUCUAUCCCUUAGUCCAAAGCUCUUCCCCAACCAGGAAGGCCAAGAGCCGGGAAAUAUCUAGAAAUGUCACCCGAAAGACUUCCUUUGCUGCACUACUCAAAAGUCAGCACAGCAAAUGGAAAUUGGCCAAUCAGAACGAGAGAUUCCCCACUCCAAGGGAAAGAGAAGAGUAUAGUGAUUGAAUGGGGGCACCUCACUCCAACAUGCAGCCAAAACACCCUCAUCCUGGAGCUACUCAGUGGGAGCAUAUAGCCGGAACAGAUAAACUGGGAGGAGUUGAUAAAGACAGAGGUGAAGUGAGAUGACCUGCCUAGCGUUUACCUCCCUGGAUUUUAUGUCAGCACAUCCUGGACCUCAGGGGUCAUCCAGGCUUUUUGAUGCUCAAGUCCUUGGGCUGGUGAAACCUAGACAAGGGACAGAGCCAGAUGCUCAAAAUCCAGGAGGUAUUCUUCCUCUUCCCUUGCCCCACAGAUCUGGGCACAGUAAGCCACACAGUUUCCCAAAGCAGCAAUCCCAGGCCUUGGCUAGAGAGGGAACAGAUGUCUAACAAAAAGAGAGGCACUCGAGGAAUUGAUGAAGCUCAGACAAAAUCCUCUCUGGCUAGUAGCUCUCUGGCUUCUAUUCAUUUGGAAAAUAAAUCUUGGCUGAGAGUGGAAAGUGCCGGGUUUGGAAUCAGAUGGCUUUCUUUCUUUUUCUUUUCUUUUUUUGCAUUCAAAUCAGUGAAAUAAAAUUAUUACUGGAGAGUAGAAUUUGAUUUAAGAGAUUCGUCAGCCCUGUCCCCAAGUCUUCUUUUGAAUUCCACCUACACUGGCUAAUGUGUGAAAUGAUUAGUGCUUCCUUUGGGUCUGAUCAGAGAAGUUGGGUAAGACCCAAUUAUGAACUUGACUCCACUCUGAGAGAAAUCACUGGCAUUCAGGCCCUGCUUUUUUGUAUCAACUCAAAGGGAAAGUUCCAUGUGGCUCAUUUGCAUGGUGACUGAAACCAUCUUUCAUGGAAACUCCCUGUAACAAACAACAGAAUUAUCAUUGGUAGUUUUCAAUAGGUUUGAAUGGCCAACAUUUGUAUUCAUGAAAAGAGAGAAAUGAUUUCACUCUGGGGAAGCAGUUAAGGGUUAAGAGGAGAAUGCCUCCCCACCAGGACUUUUCUAAGCUGCUAAAUAUGAUUUUACUUGCACUAAAUUUGUUGCCAAUUAAGAUUAAAUAUUAGCCUUGAAGUACUGUAUAUCUAACUGGAAGUGCUCCUUUCGUUUGUAAAGGGUCCAUGGGAUGAGAAUGGCUUGUCUAUAAACUCCAGUAGAACAUGAAGAUUUCAGAAUGUAAGUUCAAAGAGGGCUGAAAAUUUAAAUGUUCAAGUGGAAAUUGAAAAUUUAAUUUUUUAUGGAAGUGUUUUCAUGUGUGGAUGCAAUAAUGCUAUAUUUUAAAAGUAUU